GCAGCCACUUUUUGCCGCAUCACGUCUUCCUUCUGCUUGGUUUCCUGGAUCCAAGUACGCGUAAACAGAAGAAUAUGGAUGAUAGGCCCGAUAUUCUGGUCGCCAUCGACUUUGGGACCACCUACACCGGUGUCGGAUGGGCCCGGCCCCAGCAGGCAGAGGCGCUGCAAACCCCCAUCCAGGUCAUCCACAACUGGCCCGGAGCCUCGGCAAAGAACGAGCAAAAGGUGCAAACAUGUCUCGUCUACAACCCUGAGAAGCACGUGUCGUCUUGGGGCUUCCUCUGUGAAGAUGAUGUCGAGGAAGAAGGCGAUGCCGGACAAGUAGGCGAUGGCGAAAAGGUGAGCCCCAACGGCGACAAGACCACCGAUGCUGCCGCCGGCAACGACGCCGCUGCAGGACCGUCUGCCAAGAAAAAGGACCGCCGGGAGUUCUUCAAGAUCUUCCUCGACAAGGCCACGCUGCUCGAGGCCCAGAAGCAGGGCAUCACGGCCGCGCCAGAGUCUCCCGAGGACGCCCGCUUGCUGGCCUCGGACUACCUGCGGCAGAUCUACACUCACGUCAAGGAGACGGUCGAGUCGCAGGCUGGGCUGUGCGGCACGGGCGGUUGGGCCGGGCUGGCGGUCGAGUUCAUCUUCAGCGUGCCGACGACGUGGCGGUCGCAGGAGAUCGUCAACACCUUCAAGGACGUCAUCAAGGACGCCGGCUUCGGCACGGGCGGGCCCAAGCACACGGCCGCCGUCGACCUCACCGAGUCCGAGGCCGCCGCCGUGGCCACGGUCAAGAACACGGCCGUCGACUUCGUCAAGGGCGACAUCUUCAUGUCGGUCGACGCCGGCGGCGGCACCACCGACUUUGCCGUCAUGCAGGUCGUCGAGGCCUCGAGGCCCUUCCCGGCCCUGGCCCAGCUGGCCGAGGUCGACGGCGUCGGGAUCGGCUCCACCCUCAUCGACCGCGGCUUCUUGGCCCUUGUCGCCUCCCGCCUGCGCCCCUUCCCGGAGCUGCAGAGCCAGCUGCCCCCCGGUUGUGCCCAUAGGCUAGUGCGCAGCGAACGCUUCCGCAUCAUGAAGCACAAGUUUGGCGAGCGCGUGUACGCUUCCGAGGUGUACAAGCUCCCGUUGGAAGGGGUAGGCUACAACUUUGGUCAUUCUGGCGCCGGCAUAGAGUCUGGGCGCAUGCUGUUCUCACGUGAGGAGAUACAGUCCCUCUUUGACCCACACAUCCAGAGCAUGCUCAACAAGAUCAGGGAUCAACUGGACUGGGUGCAUUCCAACUACCAAUCGGCGCACAUGAACUACAUGGUCCUCUCCGGAGGGCUGGGUAGCUCCGCCUAUGUUCGUGACACUCUCGAGAAGGAGCUGGCCAAGAGGCCACACCCAUGCGCGCAGCAGAUGCAGAUCCUCCAGGCGCCAGACCCUCAACUUGUCGUCGUCAAGGGGCUCCUCCUCGACAGGAUGCAGAAGCUGGACUCGGGAUACAAGCCGGUUCUGGUGCAGCGGCGCGCCAGGGCAAACUAUGGCUUGGUGUGCAAGAUCAAGUACAACCCGGAGAUUCACAUUGACGAGGACAUCAAGGAGGACCCGCUGGACGGGCAGAAAUAUGCGACUGGACAAAUAGAUUGGGUCAUCAAAAAGGGCGACAUGAUCGAUCCCAGCCACCCCCUGGCGUCGAGCUUCAGCCAAAAGAUUGAUGCCGAGAGCUCAGUUCGCGCCUGGGACGCCAUAAUAAUGAUCUGUAACAGCGACAGGGACAAGCUGCCCAAGAGCAUCAAAGAUGAGAGGGCAAAGCAGCUCUGCACGGUCAAGAGCGACCUCUCGGGCAUUCCCAUCGGCGAGCUCGAGAUGAAGAAGCUGUCCCGCGGGAGGUUCAGGCGGAGCAAAAGGUUCUAUGUUUGCAACUUUGACGUCCGCGUCAUCGUCGCGCCGGCCGAAAUCCGGUUCGAGCUAUGGUUCAACGGCCACAAGUUUUCCGGCGACCACGACCCAAUAGAAAUAACUUGGGAUCAAGAGGGCACACAACUUGGGAACCGAUGAGACGUCGCGGUGCUUUAGUUCUGGGAAGAGUGCACAUGAAGCACAAGACAACACAUUCCACGUAGGCAGGCCAGUCCCAUUAUUUGGACGAUAGAAUCACGGCGUGAUAUAAUAAGUAGUGGCCCAGAGCGCGCUAAGGCGUUGCAAUCAGUCGAGGUGACUCGUAUAGCGAUCACCUCACCUAAUGUUCCACAACUACCUACCUACCUACAUAUUGAGAAGAUCUAUCAUGACUGUGUUGAACUUCUACUCCGCCAAAGCCAGUGGUGUUCUUCCGGCCCG